AUGGCACUCAAACAGCACAAUGACAGACCAUCCCUCGUCCGGUGGUACAUCGACACUCGACCACUGACAACAAGCACUUCUUCCCUCCCUCUCCUCGAAACUCUCCAACCACCGGACCAAGAAACAGUUAAGAAAUACUACCAACUACCGGACAGACACAUGUCCCUGGCCUCCUAUCUACUCAAAUACCUCUUCAUCCACCGAACCUGCCGCAUCCCAUGGAAUGGAAUUCAGAUAAGUCGAACGCCAGCACCACAUCGUCGGCCCUGCUUUGUCCCUCCUAUAACAGACCAUCCUGAAGAUAAAGUCAUUCCCAAUGUCGAAUUUAACGUCAGUCACCAGGCGUCCCUAGUCGCGCUUGCGGGGACUAUUUAUUCCCCUUCUGAUUCUUCGCCUGAGGCGGUGUUCACACAGCCGGUUCCUUCUUCGGCUCCUCUACCGUCCGUACCGCAAGUUGGAAUCGAUAUAACCUGCGCAGAUGAAAAACGCGGAAGCAGGGCAUCCAAUCCUCCCACAACCCAUAAAGCACUGGCUGAGUUUGUCGAAAUUUUUGCUGAAGUCUUUUCCCCGCGCGAGCUAGCGGCGAUGAAGAAUGCGCGCGGGCCGACGUUACCACCUGGACCGCAAAGGAAUGCGGCGGAGGUUCAGUAUGGACUGUGGAUGUUCUACACAUACUGGGCCUUGAAAGAAGCGUAUAUAAAAAUGACAGGAGAGGCACUCCUGGCCCCCUGGCUGAGGGAGUUAGAAUUUACAGACGUUAUUGUUCCAGAGGCGUCUGAUGUGACAGGGCAAUGGAGUCGUCCAUACACGGGAGUUAGAACAUGGUUGCAUGGGAAGCUGGUGGAGGAUGUGCGGGUUGAGAUUGUGGCGUUUGGGAGGGAGUAUCUCAUUGCGACAGCUGUGAGAGGCGCGGGGAUUGGAGCUGGGAGUCGUGUUCUGGACGGUGUGGAGGGUGUUGAUCCAUGGGAGUCAUUGGAGAAGAUCGAGAUUGACAAGGAUAUUACUGCAUGUGCAAUUGGUUCAUGUCAUUGUUUAGAGCAAUAG